CCUCUCUAGGGAGUCUGUUUCUGCCAACCCCUGAUCACCGUAAGCAAAUCGAGGGAGCCCCGGACCGAGCGGGACGCCUGCCUUGCUAAGGCCAGCCCAGCCCAGCCCAGCCCACCGGUCGGAAGCCUCGGAAGCAGGCUCAGCCAGGAUCUCCAGCUUCCUCGGCAAAGGAGACGCUCAGGGAGCUGAGCGCCAGGGCCAGUCAAGCCCAGUUCCCACCAGCUCAAGCAGGAGCCGCCCCUCCCUGCUGUAAAGGCCAGGGCCAGCCGACCAGCGCCGUCCGAGGACGGGAGGCUUUUCAGGCAGAAGCAGCACCGGCAGGAGAAGGUGGAAGCCCCCCCCCCGAAGGAAGGAAGGAAAGAAGGAAGGAAGGAAGAGGGGAGCGCCACUGCUCUCUGGACUGGCAGCCCCCUCCCAGGGACUUCUGGCUGAGCAGGAGGAGGAAGACGGUCAGGGAAAGCCUCUGGCCUGGCCUGGGGCCCCAGCCUUUUUGACGGUUAGAUUGCCAUGAAGGCCUCCUCCACUCAGGUGGUCACCCUAUGGGGGAAGCGAGCCCCCGCCCACACCAUCACGGCCAUCCUGAUCACAGAGGACCAGCAGACCCUAGUGACGGGAAGCCAUGAGGGACAGAUCUCUCUCUGGGAUCUCUCGCCAGAACUGAAGAUUUCCUCCAAGCAAAUGCUUUUUGGACACACAGCCUCGGUGACGUGUUUGGCGAAGGCGCGGGACUUUGAGAAGCAGCCCUAUGUGGUCAGUGCGACUGAGAACGGCUCGUUCCGCAUGACGGGGGAAGGAUGGCUCCUCUGUUGUGGACAAUAUAACGAUAUCCUUGUGAUCGAUGCCAAAACGCUGGUGGUGCUUCAUGCCUUAACCUCUUCUCACUCGUCGGACUGGAUCAGCUGCAUGUGCUUAGUCCACUCCCCGAGGAUUCAAGAGGAUUCCUUAAUAGCCGUAUCCGUGGCAGGAGACCUCAAAGUGUGGGAUCUGUCCUCUUCUGUCAGUAGGAUUCAGGACCAGCGAUGUGUUCACGAGAGGGAAUCCCAGGAUCUGGACUGCGCGCCUUGCCGGUCCAUCCGGUUUUGCACCUACACGGAAAGGCUUCUCUUAGUCGUGACGUCUUCCUGCUGGAAGGUGUAUGAUUACUGUGACUUUUCCUUGCUGUGGACUGAAUUUAGCCCAAGUGGCCAGUGCUUUUCUGGGGGUGAAGUCCUGGCGGCUCACCGGCUGAUCAUUUGGACGGAGGGGGGCCUUGGCUACAUCUACCAGCUGCUGAACAGUGGCCUUUCGCGAAGCAUCCCGUCAUCUCAUGGAGGAGUGCUCAAAGAAACGGUUCAUCCUGUCUUACUUUGUUCUACUGGUGUGGAAGAGAAUAAGAGUUUCUCUUACAUUAUGGGCUUCAUAAAUGAAAGAAAGGAGCCUUUUUAUAAGAUUCUUUACUCUGGAGAAGCUUCUGGGAGGAUCACUUUGUGGCAUAUUCCUGAUGUACCAGCGUCAACACUGGAUGGCUCCCCAAAAGAGAUUCCAAUUGCUGCCUCCUGUACUCUUCAGGACUGCUUUGAUGAGCACAGCCCAAUGGCCAUAGAUAUGGUGGAACACCUCUGUGGAGGCGACGGGGCCCCCAGAAAGGCCACCACCGCCACCACGUCCUCCGUGUACAUUCCCAGCCUCAAUAAACUGGUGUGUGGGUGUGCAGAUGGCCGGAUCUUCGUAGUCCCGGCUCUGACGGCGGCCAAGGUCUGGCUCAUGGACGAUCCUUCCUUGCUGAAAGACUCCCUGCCUCACCGGAUACUCCACGGCCACAGCAGCAGCGUCACAUCCCUGCUUUAUCUUCAUGGCUGCUCAGCCCGGUUUGAUCCCAGUUGGCUUGUGUCAGGAAGCCAGGAUUCUUGCGUGAUCUGGUGGGACAUGUUCACGGGGAAAAUCUUGCAUUGUUUUUCUCUGCAAGCUGGUCCUGUCACAGAUCUGCUGCUGUCCUCAGAGAACUACCGAUUUAAAAGCUAUCGGCUCGUGUGCUGCUUGUGUGGUGACCAUUCUGUGGUGCUUUUGCACCUCCAAGAGCGAACCUGCAUCUUGCACGCCAGGAAACACCUUUUCCCAGUGAAGAGGCUGCACUGGCACCCUGUGCAAAAUCUGUUGAUCGUUGGGUGUGAAAAUGAUUCCAUCUAUAUCUGGGACAUUGAAACAGGAGCUCUGGAGCGCCAGGAAAGCGGGGAGAUGGCCAGGGCGAUCCUUGCCUGUGGCGAAGACUCCAUCGGGGCAACGGCAGACUCUUUGCGCCCAGCUCUUGAGGAUGACACACACAAGCCGAGCACGGAUGCGGAACGACGCUCCCGCUCCUACAAAUCGGCUGCUCCCUCUUCUUCCUGCAGUGGCUUUGCCCAUCAUGAAAAGCCUUCCUGGCCCUGGUUAGCCGCUGCCUCUCCCGCCCGAAGGCCUUUUGCCCUCUUGCCUUUGACGACCAAAUGGGAGAACGUAAACGUUCACCUGCUUCUCUUUGACUUGGAAAGACUGGUAGAGUUGCUGCCGCCCUCUCAGCUCCCUGGGCUGAAGGCCUCGAACUCGUUCCACAGCUAUGAGACUUUGAAGAGAGCCAAAAGCACGGCUGAGAAAAGGAGUCUGGUGCUAAAAAGGAACAGGACCUCUGGGUCUCUGUCUCCUCUGGACGGACAAGUCGGAAUGGCUGCCGAAGAGCAAGCCUUCGGGGAGAGCCAUGCCGUUAGGCCGGUGGAGCAAGGGGGCGGCGGGGGCAGCGGGGGCCCCAAGCGGUCCAAGAAACCCAAGAGUUCCAAGAAGGUGAGGAGGCAGCCCUCGGGAAGAAUCAGUCUGAACCUCAUCGCCGAUGCUGGGAAGCUCCUCCUGUCAUGCCUCCUGCCGUGGGGUGUGGACAGGGAACUGGACGAUCUCUGCCUUCGGCACCUCGAGGCCCUGAGGCUCCUCCGUCCGGUCUCACUGGGACUUGUUGCUCAGAACAGCCACCUCUCGCUGAGGUUGCCUGGGUGGUGCGAGGCGGUGACUCCUCCUCCUCCUGGGGCCGCUGGACUGCAGCAGCAGCAGCAGCACGAGGUGACAAACCUCUUUUCCAGCAAAGUCCUGGAGUUGCGCAGUAAGUACUUUGCGGUAGCAGAAGAGCAAAGUGGAAAGCUCAACCGCCACGGGAAAGGCCUCGGAGCCACGGAAAGAUCAUCUGCACUGGUGUAUUUGCUGAGCCGAAUAUGUUUCGUUCAAGGGAUCAUGAGGAUGCCUUUCAAAGAGACCAGCCCACAGAAAGUGGAACCGGCACGCAAAUGGAGACCCUCGGCUUCCUUCGGGACCACCAGCUCUUACGAGGAGUCAGCCAGCUGCACCUUUGGGUUUCAUCCUUCUGCACUGGAUAAUAGUUUGCUUGCCAAACUUAUUUCUUGUUGGAGAGACCAGUCCGUCGAGGUGAUGGAAGCCAUUCAGGCUGUUUUGCUGGCUGAAGUUCAGUGGGGCCUCCAAAACCAACGAAAAGCUUUAGCCACUGGCCAGAGGCAACCACAAGCCUAUAGAGAAUUGCCCCAGACAGACCAGGCGGAAAGAACGAGGAGCCAUCCUUCGCUGGGUGCUGCCAGCCCAGCCCAGGGGGACAGCUGUAUAUUGCCUGCCCAAGAAGGAGGGGACAUGGCCAAGAGGCAGGUCUUGGAGGAGCCAGACUAUCCAGAUCAAAAGAAGCCACAUCCCUGGAUGUCCAAGGUGUGCUCCUGCAAGGUCUGUUAGAGGACUGUCUCCCCAUUCCCCAGAAAGCACCAAGAUGGAAGACUUGCACCCGUUGUUCUUUGGAUGGUUCUGAAACUUUCAGGAGUUUUGCACAAACCGUAUGCAGCUGCCCAGAGGGACGGACUCUGAAUAACUGCGAGUUUUCUCCUCCUGCUGGAAAAACAUGACAAGUUCAAAAAAAUGCUAAGCUGGGCAGGACAAGGCAUCACAGAAAGGGCUGAAUGAUUCAGUGGACCCAAGGAUAACGAUACAAGGGCCCAUGGGAUCCCUGUGAGUCAAGGGAGGGCACCCACAGGCCAUUCCUCAAGACAUCGGCAAAUGAAGGGCUAAUUUCUCCCCUUCCCCACUUGCUCAAGGGAGGGAAGGAGAGCAGAGAGACCUCACCCAGCCCCCUUUGGCUCUGGCCUGACAUGUGGGUGGCCCAUGGCUCUGCCCACUGGCAGCAGCAGCAGCCCCCCCCCCAGGUCACCCCCAAGAGAAUGCAGCCCUCCACAGAACAAGCAAACCAAGCAGGAGGCCCGGCGAUAAAUAAGAAACCAAAUAAUACUGGGGAUGCUUACUCUUUCAUGGGUAAAUGUCCCACUUCCUCAGGCUUUGCACCAUAGUCAUGUUGUUAACUGCCUAGAGUCACCCUUGACAAGAUGGGCAGUAUAUGAUAGAUAGAUAGAUAGAUAGAUAGAUAGAUAGAUAGUUAGUUAGUUAGUU